GGCUCCAAGCCGAAGCUGCUUGCCGCCUGCUCCGCCGUCCAGGAGGUGCGGAGGUGCACACGCCUCGAGAUGCCCGAUAACCUCCACACCUUUGUCCUCAAGGUCACCAAUGCUACCGAUGUCCUGUUCGAGGCGGGGGAUGAGCAGCAGCUCAGCUCCUGGACAGCCGAGAUCCGGGAGUGCACACGCAGGGGGUCUGAUGUGGGAGACCCCGAGCUCCUGGCGUGCCGGCACCCUGACCUUGCGGCCGCCAGUCCCACCACCAGCACCAAUGCCCUCAGCCAAGGGGCGACACCGGGGGGCCCAGGGGAGGCAGCAGGGCCGAAGAUGGAGCAGUUCCUCUCCUCCUGCCCCUGGUUCCACGGGCCCAUCUCCCGCGUGAAGGCGGCUCAACUGGUGCAGCUGGGGGGGCUGGAGGGCCACGGCGUCUUCCUGGUGCGGCAGAGU